ACAAAAACGGCCGACGGCUCCGGAGUUCACCUCAGUCGACGCGCUACCACCGAGAGAGGUUCAGUGUGAAAAACUGCUGUGUUGUGUGUGAAGCGUUAACGUGAAAAGUCGUAGUGAUGGCCGCCUGUAAAAUUGAGCUCACGUUCGAGAAUGGCUACAAAAUGCCGGCCCUUGGUUUCGGCACUUGGCGGGCUCCGGAUGAUGAAGUGGAGAAAGCGAUCGACGAGGCCCUUACGGCCGGCUAUCGGCACAUCGACUGUGCGCCGGUCUAUCUGAACGAGCCCACAAUCGGUCGGGUGCUACGCAAAUGGCUCGACAGUGGGCGAGUGACCCGCGAGGAGCUGUUCAUCGUAACAAAGCUGCCACCGCACGGUACGCGCCCAUCGACGGUGGAGAAGUUUCUUAAGCGAUCGUUGACCGAUCUUCAGCUCGAUUAUGUCGAUCUUUACCUGGUCCAUGUGCCGUUCACGGUGCCAGAAGUGGACGGACCGUUUCUCACGGACGACAACGGUGAGAUCGUGCUAGAAACAACGACCGACCAUGUGGCCCUGUGGAAGAGUAUGGAAGCGGUGGCCGAUGCCGGGCUCGCACGCAGCAUAGGACUAUCGAAUUUCAACCGCCGGCAAGUACAGAGAGUGCUCGAUAAUUGCCGAAUUAAGCCGGCUAACUUGCAGAUUGAAAACCACAUCUAUCUGCAGCAGAAGGAACUGGUAAAGUUCUGCAAAGCAAACGACAUAACGGUCACCGCGUACUCGCCUCUCGGCUCCAAGGGAAUCGAAAAGCUUCUCAACCGUGAGGUUCCCGACCUGUUGGACAAUCCGGUUGUGAAGCAUGUUGCCGAAAGGCACGGAAAAACUGCGGCCCAGGUUGUACUGCGCCAUCUACUGCAGCGCGGACUGGCGCCGAUUCCGAAGAGCACUAACGCGGAACGUUUGCGCCAGAAUAUUGCACUUUUCGACUUUGAACUUCCGGAUGACGAUAUGGUGAAGCUGAACGAACUCGAUCAGAACAUACGGAUCUGCGACUUUGGAUUCUUUCCCGGCAUCACGAAGCAUCCGGAAUUCCCUUUCUAAGGUGACGAACAAAGCCGUUGAUUUUUUGAAAUAUUUUCUAUAUUUUUUACUAAUUUGUUAGUUGCUAUAAAUUCGCACGUUGAUUAAAAAAAAUCCAACGCUAGUAGUUUCGCUAAACGCUGGCCAACGCUUUCUACACGCAACGGUGCCCCUACAUGCUCCCAGCUCUUUAGUCGCGCUUUUGCGCGAAUCUUCGGUAAUCUUUCGUUUUAAUAGUAUUGGCAUUAGGAUAAAUAUAUUGUUUUGUCAGUAUCUGUGUUUUAAAUACUAUCACAUCGAGAUUUUUUCUAGCUAGCCUUCGUUGGACACUAUUCAUCCGUUACGUCCUCUUUGGGAGUAGAAAGAAAAGCAGAAAAUGGGGAAAAGCAGAAGUUUAAGCUCCACUUUGGUAACACAUUUUUAAUGGUGAGACGAUGGCAGAAGGUUCGAGGCGGAGCGAACUAGCGGACCGAAAGGUGGCAUUGCCUGUGCCGAUGCUGUUGCUCCGGAUCCUUGGGCUCCGUCCGCCGCCAUCUGUUCCUGGAAUGUGGCGAACCGGAAAUGGUUCCUGUCGGGACGAUAACAGCGCAACACGGUUGGCCAUUUUCAGUGACAUCCCGAAACCGAUGAGAAUGGAAACGCACAUUGUCGAUUUACAGUUGUAUAAGUUAUGUACAGCAAGUAAAAGUAAUCGUACAAAUAUUAAGCAUAAAGUGAACAAAA